AUGGUUGCUAUACCGCAGUUCUUAGCUGGUGCUAUGGAGAAUUGGGGGUUGGUUUUGUACAGUGAAGUUGCUAUGAUUUAUGAUGAAGAGGUUAACACACCAAGCCGAAAGGAAGUCGUAGCAACUAUAGUUUCACAUGAACUCGGGCACAUGUGGUUUGGUAAUCUUGUAACAAUGGACUGGUGGAACCAUAUUUGGCUGAACGAAGGCUUUGCGACAUUCAAUGAAUACGUCGGAGCUGAUUUCGUGGAACCAACAUGGCAAAUGUGGGACCAAUUCCUGAUAUCAGCAAUGGACUCUGCUUUUACUGCUGAUUCUCGGUCGACUACAUCAAAACCGUUGAUCAGAGAAGCAGGGUGGAAUUUACUUGAAAUGUUUGAUACAAUCACAUACAGUAAGGGUGGCAGCAUCGUUCGUCAAUUGGCAUCUUUUCUAAGUGAUGACGUUAUAUCAAGAGGCAUUAACGACUACCUGACAAUCCAUUCAUAUAACAAUGUAGUAACUGAUGACUUAUGGAAUGCAUUAACAGCGGCUGACCUUGGUCAUAGGAACACUAAUGUGAAGAUGGUGAUGGAUACAUGGACUCUACAAGCAGGUCACCCAGUUGUCACAGUAAAUCGAACAGAUGCAGACAAUGCUGUAGCUACACAGCGAUACUUUAUGAUGGAUCCACAUGAUUUUUAUGAUGCGAAAUACGACCACAUGGGAUACACAUGGUAUGUCCCGUUGACAUUAACGCAUGGAGGAAAUCCUGAUUUUGUGGAUUUUUCCCUACAGUGGUUGAAUGCUAACAGUACAGCAAAUCUUGACUUGAGCAACGUUGAUGCAAAUGACUGGAUACUGGUUAAUGUCAAUAAGUUGGCUUUCUAUCGUGUAAAUUACGAUGACGAGAACUGGAAGAGACUAUCAGAACAAUUAAAGGACAAUCACGAGGUGAUAAACCCAAGUUCAAGAGCAUCCAUAAUGGAUGAUGCGUUCAAGAUAUCCCAGCCUGGUCACACAGAUCACGUCAACGCCCUCCGAUUAACAGAAUACAUGGACAAAGAAGUUGAAUACGUAGCAUGGGACAUAGUUAUUGGAAACAUUGACUUCACACAUAACGCACUACUGCGGACGGCAGAGUUUGGACUUUUUGAGUUGUACUGGCGUACUCAAAUCACACCACUUUAUGAGACACUGGGAUGGGAUUUUUUACUUGGUGAUCAUCUUGACUAG